AUGUCUUCCGAAGCCGCCAACUCGACGUCGCCCGUCCAGGACGGUGCUGCUGAGCCCAGCGUCGCCCAGAUCGACACCAGCGUCCCCGCCGCCCAGGGCGAUGCCCCCACCCCCACGACGGCCGCGCCCGCCCACCAGAACUCUGCGUCGCUCUACGUCGGCGAGCUCGACCCCUCCGUCACCGAGGCCAUGCUCUUCGAGCUGUUCUCGUCCAUCGGCCAGGUCGCCUCGAUCCGUGUGUGCCGUGACGCCGUGACGCGUCGCUCGCUCGGCUACGCCUAUGUUAACUACAACAGCUCUGAGGACGGCGAGAAGGCCCUCGAGGAGCUGAACUACACCGUCGUCAAGGGCAGGCCCUGCCGCAUCAUGUGGUCCCAGCGCGACCCCGCCCUGCGCAAGACCGGCCAGGGCAACGUCUUCAUCAAGAACCUCGACCACGCCAUCGACAACAAGGCUCUCCACGACACCUUUGCCGCUUUCGGUAACAUCUUGAGCUGCAAGGUCGCUCAGGACGAGACGGGCAGCUCCAAGGGCUACGGCUUCGUCCACUACGAGACCGCCGAGGCUGCCAACAACGCCAUCAAGCACGUUAACGGCAUGCUUCUGAACGAAAAGAAGGUCUUCGUCGGUCACCACAUCCCCAAGAAGGAGCGCAUGAGCAAGUUCGAGGAGAUGAAGGCCAACUUCACCAACAUCUACGUCAAGAACAUCGACCUGGAUGUCAGCGAUGACGAGUUCCGUGACCUCUUCGAGAAGCACGGCGACAUCACCUCUGCCUCGAUUGCUCGCGAUGAGCAGGGCAAGAGCCGUGGCUUCGGCUUUGUCAACUACAUCAGGCACGAGGCUGCAUCCGUCGCUGUCGACACCCUCAACGACACCGACUUCCGUGGCCAGAAGCUCUACGUUGGCCGUGCGCAGAAGAAGCACGAGCGCGAGGAGGAGCUGCGCAAGCAGUACGAGGCGGCCCGCAUCGAGAAGCAGUCCAAGUACCAGGGUGUCAACCUGUACAUCAAGAACCUUGGCGACGAGGUCGACGAUGAGAAGCUCCGCGACAUGUUCACUCCUUUCGGCACCAUCACAUCGGCCAAGGUCAUGCGUGAUGCUAUGCCUGCCGAGCGGUCCGACUCCCCGUCCGACGAGAAGAAGGACGACAAGGAGGAGAAGACCGAAGACAAGGAGGAGGAGAAGCCAGAGGAGAAAGAGGAGAAGAAGGAGAGCGAGGACGAGGCCAAGGAGGGUUCCUCUGACGAGAAGAAGGAGGAGACCAAGGCUGGCGACAAGGUCACCAUCAAGGGCGAGAAGAAGAUUCUUGGUAAGAGCAAGGGUUUCGGGUUCGUCUGCUUCAGCAACCCCGAUGAGGCCACCAAGGCCGUCACAGAUAUGAACCAGAAGAUGUUUGACGGCAAGCCUCUCUACGUUGCUCUCGCCCAGCGCAAGGAGAUCCGCAAGAACCAGCUCGAGGCUACCAUCCAGGCCCGCAACCAGCUCCGCAUGCAACAGCAACAGCAGCAGCAGUUCGGUGCCAUUCCCCAGAUGUUCAUUGCUCCUGGUCAGCAGCCCAUGAUGUUCCCCCCCAACGCUCGUGGACAGAUGCCCUUCCCUGCCGGCAUGCCUGGCCAGCAGGGUGGUCGUGGCGCUGGCUUCCCUGGUGGAAUGCCUCAGCAAGCUGGCCGUGGUGGACCGAACGCUCAACAGAUGCCCCCAAUGUACAUGCCACCUGGCAUGGCCCCUGGUGCUUUCCCUCCGUACAUGAACCCUCAGUACCUGCAGUUGGCCCAGGCUGCUCAACAGGCGAUGGGUGGUCGUGGCGGACGUGGUGCUGGCCCUAUGGCCCCUAUGCCUGGUAUGCCUCAGGCUCAGAUGGCCGGUGUCCCUGGUAUGCGUGGCGGUCAAGGCUUCCCUCAACAGGGUGCUGGUCGUGGUGGCAUGCCCCAAGGCCGACCUGGUCAGCCUCCCAUGCCUGGCUUCCCUCAGGGUGGUCGUCCCGCUACUGGCGGCCCUGCUGGAGUUGACAUGUCUACACUCAACAACGCUCCUCCGGGUCAGCAGAAGCAGAUGCUCGGCGAGGCUCUCUACCCCAAAAUCCACGAGAUGCAGCCCGAACUGGCUGGCAAGAUCACCGGUAUGCUCCUUGAGAUGGACAACAGCGAGUUGAUCAACCUCACCUCCGAUGAGUCCGCUCUUCGUGCCAAGGUCGAUGAGGCUAUGAGCGUCUAUGAUGAAUAUGUCAAGAACAAAGACGGUGAGGGCGAGAAAGAAGCUCCCAAGGAAGAGCCCAAAGAAGACAAGGCUUAA